CCAGCUCAGCCUGCCCCCGGGGAUCUUGCCACGGGCAACCCCAACCGUCGCCUGUGGACGGGGCUUUCUGGGGGCUGCCGUGCCCGCAGCCCAGGGGGCUUUGUCACGCCCAGCCUGGCAGAGCGCUGCUCCCCUCCAGCGGCCGAGUCGUCCGUCCGUCCGUCCCCCACCAGCGACGAUUUAGGGACAAAAGCAUCUCAUUUUCCAGCCCGGGACGAAGGGAGGAAGUGCCCGCGGGGCUUUGCAGCUCCAGGUCGGACCCGUCCCCACGGGUGCCAGGAAGCCGAGGGAAGUCCCUGGAGCUGGAGCGAAGCUGCCGGAUCGCCGCAGGUCUCCCGGAUGACCUGAGACCUCCACCGGCCGGCUUCGCCUUCGCUGCAGUAUCCCGGUGGGGAGCGAGGACCCCGGCGCAGCAGCAUCAGGGCGAGUGACGAUGGCAGCAUGGGGCGAGCGGGCAGGAAGCCUUAACGCCGGCCCCGGUCCCCGCCGGCCUGGCACCGGCUGAGACCCCCGGGCUCAGCACCGCCGCGGGACAAUGACCUCCUACCGUCACGGGCAGCAUGAUGGCGCGGACGCAGGCGGCGAGGGGCUGCCCGGCGCCCGCCCCAGCGACCUCUACCCCCCUGGCUUCUGGGGGCCGAGUGGUGGUGAGGGAGGAGGAGCGGCCCCGCGGCUCCCUGCGCCCACCCCUGCCAUGCCCAAGAUGGGUGUCCGCGCCCGCAUCGCCGACUGGCCCCCCAAGCGCGACGCCCCCCGGGACCCGACUGCCCCCAGCCCCUCCAGGGACUCGGAGUCCGGCGGGAGCCUGGACUUCCCCUCGCCGCGAGGCGUCCCCAACGGGCAGCCGGCACCCGCGGCUUGCCUCCGAGCUGCCCCGCGGUUCUCCCGGCGCCGCUCCAAGGACGUGGAGUUCCCGGAGGGCUGGCCCCGCUCGCCGGGCCGCGGCUGGACCCCCCUGCGGCACCGCAGCAGCAGCGAGGUGACGCUGAGCGAGUGCGAGGUGGCCGAGGAGGCGCCGGCGCUGGGCGCGCGCGUGGCCAACGGGCUGCCUCUCUUCCGCGAGUACGGCAGCACGUCCUCCAUCAACGCCCAGGGCUUGUCGGAGCAGAGCUUCGUGGCUGUGCUCCGCGACCUCCGCAGCGCCCCGGCCCCGGGGGACCCUUCUCGGGACGGCGCCGCCAAGGAGAAGCCGCGCAAGAAGGCGCCCAAGGGGGCGGACGCGGGCGGCGACUCCAUCUUCCGCAAGCUGCGGAGCGGCCGGAGCGAGCCAGGGCCGGAGCCGGCGGAGGACGGGAGGGCGGGCGAGGGGGGCCGAGCCUGGCUGUGCCCCAAGGGCUUCGCCCACUACGACGCGCAGAGCCUGCUGUUCGACCUCCGCGCCGCGGCCGCCAGCCGGGCCCAGCCGGGCCAGCGUCGCAACACCACGACGGGCGCUUCGGCCGCCUCGGCCGACGCUGCCGGCCCCGAGGAGCUGAACGGCAAGGAGAGCCUGGAGCACGACCCCGGCGAUGCCACCAGCAACGACCUGCUGCUCAGCUGCCCCCACUUCCGCAACGAGAUCGGUGGCCUCAGCGAGCGCAACCUCAGCUUUGCCCGCGGUGGGGCGGCGGCGGGGGUCCCGGAGGGCCCCGAGCCCCCGCUCAGCGCUCGCUGCACCAACGCCGGCGUCUCGGUGCUGGAGGUGCCGCCGGAGCAGCAGCGCGACCCGGGGCGGCUGCAGCGCUACAGCAUCGAGCACGUUGACCUCGGUGCCCACUAUUACCGCGACUACUUCCACGGCAAAGAGCACUCCAACUACUUCGGUGUGGAUGAAAAGCUGGGCCCCGUGGCCGUGAGCAUCCGGCGGGAGCGGCUGGAGGAUCACAAGGAGCACGGGCCGCAGUACCAGUACCGCCUCAUCUUCCGGACCAGCGAGCUGGCCACCCUGCGGGGCUCCAUCCCGGAGGACGCCAUCCCCACCACCACCAAGCCCGGGACGGGGCGGGGGCUGCCCCUGAAGGACGCACUGGAGUACGUGGUCCCCGAGCUGAACAUCCACUGCCUGCGGCUGGCCUUGACUGCAGCCCCGGCCAAGGUCACUGAGCAGCUCCUCAAGCUGGACGAGCAGGGGAUCUGCAGGAAGCACAAGGUGGGGAUCCUGUACUGCAAAGCGGGGCAGAGCUCAGAGGAGGAGAUGUACAACAACGAGGCGGCCGGGCCGGCCUUCGAGGAGUUCCUGGAACUGCUGGGGGACCGGGUCUGUCUGCGCUCCUUCAGCAAGUACGCCGCCCAGCUGGACACCAAGACUGACUCCACGGGCACGCACUCGCUGUACACGACCUACCAGGACUAUGAGAUCAUGUUCCACGUCUCCACCAUGUUGCCCUACACACCCAACAACCGGCAGCAGCUGCUCCGGAAGAGGCACAUCGGGAACGACAUCGUCACCAUCGUCUUCCAGGAGCCCGGCGCGCUGCCCUUCACACCUCAGAGCGUCCGCUCCCACUUCCAGCACGUCUUCAUCGUGGUCCGCGCCCACAGCCCCUGCACCGACAGCGUGUGCUACAGCGUGGCCGUGACGCGGUCCAAGGACGUGCCGCCCUUUGGCCCCCCGAUACCGCGAGGGGCCACGUUCCGCCGCUCCGAGCUCUUCCGGGACUUCCUGCUGGCCAAGGCGGUGAACGCGGAGCACGCGGCCCACAAGUCGGCCAAGUUCAAGGCCAUGGCCACGCGCACGCGGCAGGAGUACCUGCGGGAUCUGGCCGAGCGCUGCGGCACCGGCCCGCCCCUGGACGCUGCCGGCAAGUUCAGCCUCAUGGCGCUGGCCUCCAAGCGGCGCGAGAAGGCGCGGGCGCGGGCUGGGGCUGAGCUGCUCAGCGCGGGGGCGCUGGCCUGGCACGUGCGGGCCCGGGACUUUGGGCGCAGUGCCGAGGUGGACUGCGCCCUGGCCGUGUCCAGCGAGCUCAUGGCCCUGCUGGACCUGGCCGCCAAGGAGGUGGCUUUCCACUGCUUCUGCGCCGACGUCAUCGGCUGGACGGCUGACGCUGCCACCCUUAAGGUCUUCUACGGCCGCGGCGACCACGUGCUGCUGCGGGCACCCGACGAGAGUCCCGGGGACAUCCAGGAGAUCGUGCAGCGGCUCAAGAUAGUGACGUCGGGCUGCGAGACGGUGGACAUGACGCUGCGGCGCAACGGGCUGGGCCAGCUGGGCUUCCACGUGCGCUACGACGGCACGGUGGCCGAGGUGGAGGAGUACGGCUUCGCCUGGCAAGCCGGCCUGCGCCAGGGCAGCCGCCUGGUGGAGAUCUGCAAAGUGGCCGUGGUUACCCUCAGCCACGACCAGAUGAUCGACCUGCUGCGCACCUCCGUCACCGUCAAGGUCGUCAUCGUCCCGCCCCACGAGGACGGCACCCCCCGCAGGGGCUGGGCCGAGUCCCUGGAAGCGCAGGGCACGGAGCCCAAGGCGGAGCCGGAGAGCGCGCCGACCGGGUACCGCCCGCCCUAUCGCAGCCACUCGGCCUGGCAGUGGAACGGCCCGGCCUCCCACAACCCCGGCGGGCGCUGGUCCGAGGCGCUGCCCCUGGGCCACGGCCAGUCCCUGUCGCGCCCGCCCAAGCAGGCCCCGGCUGCUGUGCCCUACCGCGACCCGCAGCCCCCGCACGGCAAGAGGCCCGUGAGCUUCCCCGAGACCCCGCACCUGGCAUCGCCGGCGGGCACGGAGCGCCCCCAGCCCUACCGGCAGCCCUCAGGCAGCUUCUCAGCCCCUGGCUCAAGUGGGGCCAUCUUCACCCGGUACAAGCCGUCCCCGGAGAGAUACGCGGCUGCCUCCCCCCGGUCCCUGCUGCCCUUCGAGCCCCCCAACUACGGCCCCGACGCAGGCUCCAGCGGCGACUCCUCGUCCGGGGGCCUCGCCAGCCAGGAUAGCACCAUGGAGCGGCACAAGCCAGAGCCCCUGUGGCACGUGCCAGCGCCGGCCCGGCUCCCGGCGGCAACAGCCGGCCUCGCCAAGCGGCCCAGCAGGCAGGAGCUGGCGGGCAAGGACUCCCCCAACCGGCCUCCCAAGGGCGAGGCGCAGUACUCGAGCCACUCCAGCAGCAACACGCUGUCCAGCAACGCUUCGAGCAGCCACAGCGACGAGCCCUGGUUCGACGCACCCGACCCCGCUGAGCCCGAGCCCGACCCGGCCUCUGUGGGCGGCUCCAGCGACAGCGGCAUCGACACGGCGCUCUACACCUCCAGCCCCGGCGCCCGGCCCACCCGCCCCACGCCGGCCCACGCUGCUGGCCUGCCCGACAACGGCAAGCGGAGGGAGCCCGUGCCCGCCGGGCAGAGCUGGGGCUACCGGCACAAGGGCUACGCCGGCAGCGCCGAGUCCUACAAGCCACCUGGCACACGGCAGGGCUACCCGGUGCCUGGCUACAAAGCACCCGCGGCGGAGACGCCCCGGCCGACUCAUGGACCCCAGCCCGGCUCCUUCCCGCUCUCCGCCUCCGUGCCCAAGUCCUUCUUCUCCAAGCAGGCGGCCCGGGCCAAGCACAGCGCAGGGUGGAGGCGAUUGGAUGAGCCCCCCGCGCGGCCCCCCGAGCCCAAGAGGCAGGUGGACGCCAGCGCCCGCAAUGUCUUCGGGCAGCCGCGGCUGCGGGCGUCGCUGCGGGACCUGCGCUCGCCCCGCAAAAGCCCCAAGUCCAGCAUCGAGGACGACCUCAAGAAGCUCAUUAUCAUGGACGCCGUCAGCCCUGAGCCCGACUGUGAUGGCGUGUCGCCAAAGAUGCUGCAGCGGACGCUGUCAGACGAAAGCCUGUGCAGCGGGCGCAGGGACCCCAGCUACGCCGCCGCCCCCACCUGCUUCGACCUGGUGCUGGCCAGCGACGUCCUUUCUGGCAGCACCUUCCCCUCCAGCACGCUGCCCGUGCGCCGCCAGCCCGGGCCCGGCCCCAGCCUCCCCGAGAAGAAGUCCGCCAUCUCGGCCUCCGAGCUCUCCCUCGUGGACACACGGGACAAGCCGGUACGGCGCCUGGACCCCGGCCUGAUGCCCCUGCCCGACACGGCGGCUGGCCUGGAGUGGUCCAGCUUGGUCAAUGCUGCCAAAGCCUAUGAAGUGCAACGCGCCGUCUCCCUCUUCUGCCUGCACCAGCCCGGGCGCGGCCCCGACGUCCCGCCGGCCCCCGGCCCCGCACCCCGGCCCACCAUGAGCGAGGAGCCCUCUGUGGACCUGCCGGGGAAGGUCUGCCAGCUGGAGGCCAUGCUCAAGCAGCUGCACAACGACCUGCAGAAGGAGAAGCAGGACAAGGUGGUGCUGCAGGCCGAGGUGGCCACCCUGCGGCAGAACAACCAGCGGCUGCAGGAGGAGUCGCAGACGGCCACGGCACAGCUGCGCCGCUUCGCCGAGAUCUUCUCCGGUGCCGCGGACACGAAGGAGCCGUGAGCGUCGCCCCCGCGCCCGCCACCCGGGCCCCCUGCUAAUUUAUUCCCCGCCCCGGCGCCCCCCUCGGCUCCGCGGGACCAGAGCAGAGCCGGGCCGGCUCGCUCGCUCGCUCCGGGCACCCCCGGCCCCGCCUGCUGGCGCCGGACCCCUCCCCAGGGGGGUUCCCCGUGGCCUUGGGGGGUGUGCCCCUCUGCCCCCCACCUUCGGAUGCAAUACAGCCGCCUGCCCCGCACCCGGGCGCCGGUCCCCGGCGUCCAAAUAAUAAUAAUAAUGACGCCGGUGUGACCAGGCCCGGGGGGCGCGGAGGGGGAAGGCCCCCUCCCCCGGGAGCACUUGGCCGAGCCCCGGGCCCAGGCGGGACGCGGCCGCCGGACUGUAAAUGUUCUUUAUAAAACACUAUAUUUGUUUAA